AUGACAAAUAAUCAAAUCGCUUCUCUUGCCGCUGCCGAGGAGGGCAAACAGAUUACCAUCUCCGCGGUCGAGAGAAGAGCCAACGAUGACUCGAGGAAUCCAUGGACCUCGGUUCCAGUUAACGACCAAGAUCUCUCCCAAGGAUACAAGGAUAUCAGCUUUCGCCAGCUGAAUAACUACACCAACCAUGCCGCGCAUUGGUUAUCUGAGAAUCUACCCCCAAGCUCCGAGCCAUUCCAAAGCUUUGCCUAUGCGGGUCCCAAGGAUUUGCGCUAUCCAAUCCUGGCUUUGGCUGCAGCGAAACUGCAGAAAGUGAUCGUCCUUCCUUCGCCACUUAUCACGCCCGAUGCUCAGACGAGAAUCCUCAAUGCCAAGAACUGUGGUCUUUAUCUGCACACAGCCGCGAUGGCGGAACCCAUAGCAGCUGUACUCAAGGAAGCACCUCACGUUCAAGCUAUCACGGUGCCUGACCUCAGCGUCUUUGUAAACGAAGACCCAGCACCCACAUAUACAUACUCCAAAUCGUGGGAAGAGGCUAAGGAUGAUCCCUGGGUUGUCUUCCACACAUCAGGCACCACAGGAUACCCUAAGCCACUUACAUAUACGCAGUACAUGAUGGCGAUGCCCGGCGUGGUGGCGUCUAUUCCAGGCAUGGAAGAGUGCUGGGUCGGCCGGUAUAGCAACAAACGACUAUAUACCCCGCUGCCAUCUUUACAUCUGGUUGGAAUGAUUUUCAUAUUGGGACUGACUACCUUUAACGAUACAAUCAUCGUAGUCGGACCAUCCGCACCUCCAACUCCUCAAAACGUUCUAGAUGUCAUUAAAUACGGCAAAGUAAAUUCCGCCCUUCUAACACCGGCCCUCAUCGAAGAAAUAUGUCUAUCACAGACCGGUGUUGAUACACUGCGAAGCCUCGACUAUGUUCAGUACGCCGGGGCACCUCUAGCAGCAAAGGCAGGCAAUUUGCUAGCGUCGCAUACGAACGUCACACCUACCAUCGGCAGUACCGAAGCCGGAGGCUACAUGACCAAAAUACAUGGCAAAAAGGACGCAUGGGACUACAUCAGUUUCCACGAACGUGCCGGGGCGGUCUUCGAGCAGCGCUUCGAUGAUCUGCACGAGUUAGUCUUUGUGCGCCAGCCCGACGACCGAACGCAGUCAAUCUUCAAGCUUUAUACGGACCGUGAUCGCUACCCGACGAAUGAUCUCUGGAUCGAACACCCUGUUUACAAGGGUCUGUGGAAGAUUAUUGGUCGUGCCGAUGACCAUGUUAGCUUUUCGCAUGGGGAAGGCCUUCAUGCGUCGCGUCUAGAGCCGGAGAUCGAAGCUCACCCCGCUGUUAAGUCGGCGUUGAUUGGGGGUCAUGGGUAUUCGGCGCCGGUGCUCUUGCUUGAAUUGUAUACCGGGAGUGUGGACGAGAAUGACCGGGUUUCAUUCCUUGCUGCCCUGCAGUCUCAUAUUGAUAAGGUCAAUGCUCAGGUCCAUCAGUGUGUGGCUCUUUCUGCCGAUCGAAUUAUCAUAGCGACGGAGGAUAAGCCGUUUGUACGGACGGUUAAGGGCAGUGUUGGGCGGGUGCAGACUCUGGCAGCUUAUAAGGAUGAGAUUGCAGCUUUAUUUGCCUAG